AUGCCCAAUUAUAGCCAACAGCCCAAUAGCAAAGGAAACAGGCCCAACUACCACCCUCCCUAUAGAAAAGCGGGUCAGCAAGUACCCAGAAGACGCUUCCUACUUGAAACGACUUGGAAGAACCGAAGAGCGAAGAGUGCAAAAGAAACGGCACCCCUCAAAGCUGUGGAGCUAGACUACCCAAGCAUCGACUCCAAUUUCCAGACCUUCUGUGCUUCACACGGCAUUCUCUCAGGCUUUGAUGCGGUGGAAGAUUUCCUCAUUCACGACCUGUAUGAGUUGACUGCGUUUGCAAGACAACAACCCACAUCUGAAAAACUAGAGCAGGGCAUUACCCAGAUUCUCGCUAUUAUUGAUACUCAGCACCAACCUUGGGUGAAUGGUGUGGAGCUUUUGGAUGAUGCUGUACAUAGGAAACAUGUACUUCCAACUGGCCGUGAAGGGAUUGAUUUGUUACUGGGAGGUGGGUUACGUGUGGGACAAUUAACUGAACUCGUUGGGCCGUCAUCUUCUGAUAAAACACAAGUCUGCCUGCUUGCUGCCUCAUAUUUUGCAUCAAAGCACAUGAGUACUGUUGUAUACCUAGACACAGGAAACUCUUUCUCCACCCAACGAAUUGCAGAGUUUGUUGGUAGAUUGUCUAACCAUACGGUCAGUCAGGCAGGCCAAAGGAAUUUGCAGAAUGUACUGACCAACAUCUUAUGCCAUUCUGUGUUUGAUAUCUUUGCUAUGUUCAAUGUGCUGUAUCGGCUAGAGUUCAAUUUGAAAUCUCAGAAGGGAGGGCAGGUGCGGUUGCUUAUUGUUGAUUCCAUCUCUUCACUAAUUAGCCCAAUUCUUGGGAACUCAAGUUCACAGGGACGUGCUUUGAUGACAUCUGCUGGAUAUUUGUUAAAGAAAUUAGCACACGAGCAUAACAUUGUGGUACUGGUGACCAAUCACACCGUAGGUGGAGAAAAAGGGAUUCCAAAACCAGCUCUUGGCCAGACCUGGAAGAGCGUUGUACAUGUGAGGCUUCUGCUCUCCGUUAACCAUGGAAAUGCUACCCGGAGUAUUUCUGUCCUAAAACAUUUAUCUAUGGUAAGUUAUUUUUAAUCCAGUCUUAGUAAAUUACUUUUCUGCACUGCUGUACUUGCUCAAGUCCCUAGGUCCAUCCGUGCAAAUGGUUUUUUUUUAUCACUUCAAGAUCAAAGCUGUAGCAGUCUCCUGUCAAGGCAAUUAACAGCUGAUAGUUUCUCCUUCAAAAGUUAUUUUUUCUUCGACACAGUAUUCUCGAAGUUAACAGUAUUUUGUUCCAUAAAAAAGUAGUCUACAGCACAUUAGCAAUGUAGUUUCAGAACCUUCUUGUUGGGUUUCCUUAUAAUUUGCCGUCCUAAUUUUCCCAGGCUUCUGGAAAUGUUGGGAGGUUCAGAGUGUAGAGGAAAUAGCAUAUAUAUCUUAUAGUACUUGGCACUAUACGGCCACACAAACUAGUAGGAAGAAUCUAUUGGAAUCUGAACUGUUCUUUAUGCGGAUAUUGUCCGCAGCCUUAUUUGAUUUAUCUCUUUUUGCGGUGGUGAUUCUUAGCAUAAAUUAACUAGGUACUGGCCAACCUCCUAGGCUCCUACCACACAAUUUAGUUCCCAUCGUGAGAACACAAAUCAGCUCAGCCUUCUAAAUUAACUUAGUAACUGCAUCAAUACAUUCAGCAUCCAGAAUCCAAGACAGUUCCAGUUUCCUAUUUUGGUCAACAAUUGCAGGAGACUAAACUCUGCAUACUCUGUUGUCACAAUGCUCGUUUCAAAAAAAAAAAGUAUAAAUGCUUCUCUGCCGGCAAGAACAUGCUGAGACCUGAUGAGCUCCGUUUUAUAUGCAGCUGCAGUUAGAAUGUUGUUAGGUUACAUAGUUAAAUGUAUCUGUAUUAGUAGAUUCAGUGUCUUGAAAACCAUAA